AUGCCGUAUAUCCUCUACACGAAGAGUCACCUUGUCAUCAUAAGGUCAUCAUUCCCAACACAUCCUGUUCAACAUUAUCUCAACACCAAACAACUCACCCUCCUAUACACCGAGGCAGUGGAGGAACGACUCCGUAAUUAUCAACACCUGAACACCGACGAUGACACCGUCACGGUUCUGCAAGAAACCUUCAACUAUCUGUCCGCUCAAGGCAGAAUCAACGUCCUCGAGGAUGUCAGACACUGCGAAAAUGAUCAUCAGCUACGCCAGCUCGCGAAGAGGAUCACAUACAAGCUAUUAAUACCGAUCAAAGUAGCUGGAUGGCAAUCGUCGCGGACAUAUGAUAUCGAAGAGUCGACUGAGAUCGAGAAUCAGAAGAGACUGCACGCACAAUGUCUACAGAGAGAUGGCCAUAUGUGUGUUGUUUCUGGAUGUCUCGAUUACGAACAGUGCAAGGCUCUACCACGGAAUGCGAAGAUAGCUGACUUGGAGGUUACACAUAUAAUUCCACCCACACUGGGAAUUUCUGCCUUCAUCUGGUCGAAUAUCCAUCGAUACUUUCCCGGCGUGCAGUUCCAGCCCAACGAGAGGGUGGAUAGGCUCGAGAACACCAUGAUGCCAGCGAAUGAGCUACGUAGACAGUUUAGCAAAUUCCGUUGGACACUAGAAACCACUGAUUCCGUCCACGAAUACACCAUAAAGACUUUUCGUCUUUCUGCCAACAUUGUAUUGCCGGAUGACCGAGACUCAUGA